AGUUUAUUAUACCAUAUGGUACGCUCAUGAAACAUCUCUGGACGAUUCAUGCUGUAUUUGUUCGGCACUUUGUCAACUGUGUUCGAAACAAUUUCAGAGGAUUCCAAUUUCAUUUCGGGACAAUAGAAUAGGGUGAAUAUCAUUUUGGAUAUGAUGAAUGUACUGUCUAUUUAACCCUUUAGUUACUACAAUCUUUGCUGAAAAUUAUUGCAAUAUUUUUAUAUAAUAAGUUUGAUUUUAAAAUUGUAUUCGCAACAGGCUUUGUGAGUUGUCAGAUUUAAGGAUUCAUCCGAUAAAAAUGUUGUCCCGAGAUAAUCUGGUAGAAAGUGAAAUAUUGAAAACAGACAGGCGAUAAGGGAGAUUCGCAGAGACGAACGACCUACUGACGGACACUGGACGACCUAAUUUAGUCGACGAGGCUGUUAAGAGAGGCCGAGGAUAGGUCGUAAUUAAUUCGUCGACGCAAUGGUACUCGAGAGGAAGUCCGAAGGAUCCAGGAACGAUUCUCGAUUCCGCUUUUGUCCACGGGGUUCGAUGCACCCGGCGUCUUCCUCGAACAACCCCUACGUCUCUUUUCCUCACGGACCAUCGGCGAAGUUGGUUCGCAGAGUUUAACCAGGGCUCUCGCUAUCGACCUGACGAGCAACCUCGGCGUCUGCGUCGAUGUCUGCGGCGCGCAGACGCCCCGACACGGGCCUGGGUUCUCCAAUCGAUUUCAGAUUUUCCAGCAUAACGAGGCCGACUGCUGCCCAAAAAUUCCUCUACGCGCACCUUCUCUCUCUCUUUCUCGCUUCAUCUCAAUGCCGUUUCUCUUUCGUUCUCUAACUCUGUCUCUUCCUCGUACCGUAGAAAGCUGUCAACCCUUUUCACCCUGUUUCUCUCGUCCUCCUUCCAUCCUCCUCCUCCCUCUCCUUUCUUGGUCUUUCAUUUCUUCUACGUUCUGGCCACGCCGCGAGAGGGAGGUGUACGAAAGUGGCCCACGGGAUCGAUUUUCGAUAGGGAUAAUUGUGGAUCCACGGGUCUAUUCGAAAGUUUCGUUUUCUCGUUCAACGCUUUUCCGUUUUCCCUCGGUAUCGAAUUGUUCGCGCCUAAUUCCACUGGACUCUUUGACGAAGCAGCUUCCUCUCGUUCGGCUACCCUUUUCAUCGAUUGAUUUUUAUGAAACUUAAAUUUGCCCCCGUUCGCUCGAGGCGUUCCUCUGAAAUACGUAAUUUGUACAACGUGGCGGUGGCGCGUGUGAGAAAUUCCCGAUGAAUUGAAUUGCGAGCUCGGCUUCAUCUCUUCGAUAUAUCCUUUGGAUUAUAGACAUUUUUGUUACCGUACCCCCGCGUUCCAAUUGCACGAUAACGUUUCCCCCCCCCCCCCCCUCGACAAAGUUAAUUCGAUGUUCGAUGAAAAUCGAAACAAAAAGAUUCGAAUAAAAAGACCCGAUUCGAAAAAGGGUCAGCGGAGAAAAAGAAAAAAUCCAGUUUCCCUGUUCGCUGUGCUCCCUGCUUCGAGAAGACAGUAGAACCGUCCCGAUUAUGGUCAGACGUGUCCCGCAUAUAUUCCAGUAUCUUUUCAGCAAUAAAGCGAUCGGUUGUCGUUUCUCUUUUACCUUUGUCAUGAUCCUGACACGUAUGAUCUAGUAUUGGUAGCGUACCGGAGACGAUACGUCUCGAAAGUGGCACGGGAUUUUCCUGGCAACUCUGAGACUCGAUUGAAUUUGUAAUACAACACAACCGAUACUCCAGGGAUCUCUUCGACUCGUCAAAUGUAUACGCGAUCGCGCAUCGACUUUUCAAAUGCAUCUUUGAACACGUGUUUUCCUUUUCUUUCUUUUCCUCUCCAGGUAGUAAAAGGAAAAACAUUUUAUGACCUCGAGAAUUAAUGGGUUAGGAAUUUUCUCAGCUACCCUGCUGAGCGUUCUACAAUUGUUUAAAGAAAAAAUAUUAUCUUCGUACACGUGUAUAAUCAUGAAAUAUCAGUUUUUUAUUCGAAUUCCAUGAAUUGAUGAUAGACAAUUAGCUGGAACGUUGUUGAUUGAAAAUUGAGGCACCCUUUUGCAUAAAAAACAAGCGUUCAGAACGGCUCCAUCUAACGAUAGGGGUUCUCAACGAAAUCAAACGAAUAUAUAUUGGAAGUAUCAGGCACACGGGGAAGCGAAGAACAUUUAUCGCGAGAACGACAUCCGGUUUACACGUGCUCGAACCGAGGCUCGAGACCGGCGGUAAAUAUUAAAAAGCCCUUCAGAAGUGGGUCUGGCAUAACAAACAUCGCGCUAGAAUUUUAAUUUUCAAUAUUGCCCGGGAAUUUCAGCCGGCGUGUCGUGCCACCCGUUCACUUCGAUAUCAUACCUAUCCCGCGCAUGUUUAUGCAUUUUUAUUUGCAUCGGGGAUCCCCGAAGCAAAGCAGAGGUUUGAAAUUUCGUCGUAUCGCGAGCACUGGUUACAAUCCGAUGGGUGAGGGAGGGUGAAACCAUUCAAUGGAGAAUUCUGAUUGCGAUCAAUCAGCUUUUGCUGCUUCAGAUCUUCGCUUCUCGGAGGAACAAUAAAGCUGACGUCCGCCAAAUGCGUCUCUGACCUCCUUUGUAUAUCCAUCGGAGUGCCACUGAUGGAAAGCAUUCGUCUGUUUCGUUCUAUUGCCGGUGCAACGAACGCAUCGAAGGGUCGUUACCAGCAAUCUCGCGUCGUUCGUUCGUUGUUUACGGAUUUAGAAGUGGACUGGCUUGAUUUUCAUGGAAACUAUACCGAUCGCCGCGUGUAUACCACCGGCGACGAACGGACCGAUUCUAUUUCUCCAAAUCAAUCGUUAAUUUUUAUUGACUCCCCGGAGACGGGUAUGCUGCUAGCGUCGAACGAAGGGUAGAUGGAAAUUCAAUCUGAUUCGAUUAGCGGAACCAUAGUAUGGGCAGAAAGAGGAGAAAGGGACAAUUGUGGCCGUGCUUCGAAUUCUCGAGUGACCCCGCGUGUUUCUCGAUGAUCACGACUCGAAAUUUCAAUAGACAUUCGAUAUCGGCCAUUUAGGUGAAAUUCGUCGUCCGUUUCUCAUUUUCCUAUCGCUUUAGCUAUGCGAUAAUUUGAUACUUCCAUAUUCACUUGUUCCAAAGGAGGAAAGCUUAAUCGGCGAGGAAAUUGCUCGUUUUCAGGGAAAAUUUUUCGCAAAAGCAUUUUUUACCCUGUAACUCGACAACUUUAUUUUUUCCUUCACACCGUGUGACGAUUUUUACUUAAAAAGCGUCAACGUUUCUCUCUCGUGCCUUUCAGCAACGUGUAAUCUUUACACAAAUUGGAGACCGCUUUGGGAGCAAAGGACACGUUCCGCGAAUAUUCGUUUGACUCCUGUUUGUAGCUGAGAAUUCGUACAUCACCCUGUGGCCAUUAGCAGAAAAACCACGGCGUAUGGUUUCGUCGGUGAUACUUUGCACUCUUGGUUAAUGUAAAUAUGAAAUUCGUCGGUAUAAAGUCACUAAAUAUUUCGCGUAACGCUUAUUCGCCGGAUAUGAAUGCUAUCCAACUGAAUAAUCGAGCUGUGACCUACUUCAAAAAGCUCGCUAAUUAUGUAAAGAUAUUAUCUUGUUCGCAUGCGACCGAAUAAAUACAACCGUACGUUGAUUUAUCUUUACCUUCGCGGACUUUUAUCUUCAGAUGGUAUACUUCGUUCGCAUAUAUUUCAUUUUAAUAAUACUCUUAAAAUAUUUUCAGUAUUUAUGCAACGCGGCAAUGCACACGAUCCAAAAUAAGUUAUUUAGUACCUGCUUAUCGAUUUCAAUCGUUUCUGUUAGUACAGUCGUCGGGAUUCUACUUGAACAAUUCAAUCAAAGGAAAUAAUUAAUCCUUUUGCAGAGCUAAUUGCUAGUUCUGUUGAAAUCGAACGUAUCGACACGUGUCAAUCGUGGUUCUUUACACGAAAUAAAUCAACAUUCUAUUGUUGUUUCCGUUUGAUAGACGGCUAGCUUCUAUCGUGGAUCGGCAACAAUGCGAUCGUUUUGGUUUUACGAAGUUUCACGUGGUCGUGAUAGAGCUCAUAGAACGUGUUAGCUGAUUCUCAUCCCUGAAACUCGAAAUACACCCCUUUUGUCGAAGGGUUCGGUUAACAAUCCGGAGAAUGGCGAACCGAAGCAUCACCUUUCAAAACAAACUCGGAAAACAAGGCAGUAUCGCUCCACCCACACGUACCUAGUAAAACGAAUUUCAUCAGAGAAGUUUAGUCCACCUCUUACUGACCAACCUUUCCACGACCGCAAUCUUGUUUGCUGUUUGUCGUUGGUUAAACAGAUGGACACCCAUCGUGAUAAGUGACCAGCGGUAAUUUACCACUGAAAGUGAAGUGACAAGAAGGAACACGUGCCAUUUGGGACACUUUUCCAAGCUGUUCGAUCGAUUCAAGUUAAUCCAUAGAAAUGAGCCUUUUCUUAUUAUUAAUUGGAGGGAUCUUGAAAACAGAAGAGUCAGGGAUGAAUGCUUUUUAGAGCGUUGAAAAAUGGACACUGAAGACGAGUCUCGUUAACAAAGCACUGUACAUAAUUAGUGAAAAAAAAAAUCAUUGUUUUACUUGUGCUACGAGUAUUUCUGUAUUACAUGUUGUCGUAAUACAAUUUGUAAAUCUUUAAUUCGACGAGUCAAACAUUCCUGGGUUACACAGGACCUUUCUCCCUUUCGCUCUACCGACUCUCGGCUGGGGUAUAUGGCCAAUCGACGAGGGACAGAGCAAUUCGUUCAGUAAAUUAGGUUAAAUCUGAAUCUUGGUGGUCCCGUUUCCCGUUGCCUUCUCCUGCCAUCGAUUAUCUACGCACACACGUGACCGAUUUACUGGCAGACAAAGGGACCAACAGAAUGAAUGGGAACAGCGCGUGUCCGGUUGAACAGAAAGAAAAGGGAGAAAGAAUUACCCGAAGUGCUCAUAAACGAUCAGAUAUGUUCCCUUGUAAAUCCCUCAUAUUGAUAACACUGAUUUUGUGAUAAAUCUCUAGCUUCAACGUGUAUUUGCUCACGCGAGACAGACAUUUAUUUGUACAUCUCAGUGCUUCGAUAGUGCACAUUAUGAGUAUUUAUUGAAGUGUAGAUAUAAAUAUAGUAAAUUGAAUUGUUUAUAAUAAAGUUGAAGCCACCAAUGACGAAAACCACAAAUUUAACCUUUGAUUGGUGAAACCAGAUCAAUCGUGAAACAUGUACAACAUUAUUUUGACUGCAAUUGGGUAAUUAUUUUUAAAUGAUAAAUAUUACAAUUGAAAUUAUUGUUGUCUUAAAAUUUAAUAAUUCCGCAGCUAUAUUUCAUGAUUAUUUACUCUAUAAAUAAUAAAAUUAAUUGAUUGCUUUAUUGGUGAAUGCAUCACUAGCAAACGGAAGGAAUAUAUAUACUAGACGCACGAUGGCGCUUUUAUUAUUUCACUUUUCUCGCGUGAAAAAUACUGAAUAAUAUUUAUUAUCGGCCACAAACAAAUAAAGCAAAAUUCACUGCGCUGUCUCCGCGUUCGGUCGAUCUGUAUUUCAGCUUCGCUCGUGGAAACAUUAAAUUAAUUAUAAAUUUCCCAAAAAGGCAAUUAACACCUUCAGAUAGGGACAUUUAUUCAUAAUGGAAUUUUUAAUCAUACUUUCAGAAAAAUCAUACGUAUGUUGACAAAUUAAAAUUUAAAAUCAAUUUUACUCUGUUCAAACCCAUAUCGAUUGAUUACAAUUGAAAAUAUUGCAAGAAACAACAGUAGAUCAAGCCUGGAUCCAACUAUAGAUUACAAGAAACACGUAACAGAGUACGUGAGUGGUAUGCGGCUGUAGUUUACAAAAGAAAAACGCAAGAUCGCCUCAGUGCCUACGAAUGCGUUAAUAAGAAGACCGAUGGUAGCGGAAGAAAGAAACGGAAAACAUUGUGUGAUCGGUCACCCGGGGAAAAAAGAAAGGAUCGUGGACUUGGUAAGGUGGUUUCGAGGGAGGCAUUGGUGGCAGCAGUGACUUUGUCAGAAGCGAAAGAAAAGAAACGGUGCACAUAGCUGGGAGAAGAAGUGGCGUUACCCAUUUAUCGGGAGGAUUUACUGUUCUCCGGUUCUCCUCUCCGCCGAUUGUCCGUGAAUUCGAACGGUUAUAUCAGUGGAAUUUCAUUUCUGUCCGACCGCGGAAUAUUACCGUCCGUUCACUCUGUCGCACGAGUUGUGAGAGAUUUUCCACCCUCAUAAUUUCAACCCCUUCCUCCCACUUCAUGGACCGCCGCGAAUAUUUCGAAACGACGUACUUAAUAGCCGGCGAAAGACCGCUCGUAUAUUUAUCGAAAAUUUCAACCGCGAUCGUUUCGCCGAUCUCGUUUACGGACUGUAUCGAGGAAUAAUGGUCGGAAUCGUAUCGAUUGUCUUUCAAAACUUGAAUCAUUGUGUAGAAUUGGUAUUAGAUUUAACAACUAUAUUCGCCAGGUAUUUUUUGAAUCUCUAAGUUUUGAUUCAAUAUCUCAAUUGCUUGUAUCGUCGAUAAAUAGUUCUUUUAUGAAGAAUUUGAAAACCUAGAUGAUUCGAGAUGAUUCCGAACGUAACCUUUUGGUACGCGCUUCUGAAUAGUUAAGGAAUUAGUACGUUCCGGCAGAGGCAAGUAGUUUUACGGCGUAUGUAUACACGGUAGACGGUGAAUGGUUAAACAUCGGGUCCAUGGAACGAAAGCUUCUUACUCGAUGUAAGUGGUGCAAAGCUGUUUCGAACGGUACAAAUCGGCGAGCACAUACGCGAACAGAAUUUUUGAAUGCGAAUCAAUAUGGUGUGCAUCCUCGAAAUAGAACGUGCUGCUAGAUUCCAGAUAACAAUAUAUAGACUGACGAUGACUGUAUCGUGACCACAUUUAUAGUUCGAAAUUAUCGAUAAUCAAUACCACAAAUUUAGUUUUAUUCAAUUAUAAAGUAGCGUUAAAAUUGAGAAUCAGCCAUUCUACAAUUAUGUUAUGAAAUUGUGUCAAGCUUUUUCAGUCAGUCUUACUAAUCGGUGAAAAAUCUCAGUUCACAGUAUGUCCGAGGUUUUCGUUGGAUCUCAACGUCUACUCUGUUCUGCUAGAAGAGUUAUUUAAAUGAACUAUUCAACCGACUGUGGAGAUGCUAGAAAAUAUUGGAUCAUAACACGAGAAACGUAUGUACAUACGUAGGUUUCUUCGUAUUGAAGAACGUACAAGGAGCGAAUGUUGAUUUUCAUAAAACGCGAGCGGAAUCUCGAGGAAGCACGAAAGAUGAAUGCGAGGCGAAAAGCAGCAAAGCGAGAGCUACGAGCGAAUGAAUACGUGUACUCUGAGGAAACAAAAUCUACUGCGCGAUCGGUUAACUGCAAUCUUACUUGCUAACUUUAAUGAAUUAUUUUUGCAGCAUUCGGUCUUACAAAAGUAACUUUUAUGCUUUAUCUUUUUUUUAUACUACCAUUAUCUAUUUGUACUAAAAGUAAGCCUUGAUCGGCUGAGAUGGAUUAAGAGUUUAGCGCUCCACAAUACGAUACGUAAACAGUGGAGUGGUCGUCAUCAAACUUAGCGAAACAAUAACAAAGCUAAACCGGAUCGUGUCUAUAUUGUAAACAUACCGCGAAGUCUUCGCAGUUCAUAGAGCACAGGUAGAAGCGUGUGUUUCAGUCUCUGUCGAAACACAGGCUGUUUCAAACCUUCGGUGUAUCGAGUUGAGAACCAAUCGUCACAAUAUUAUACGGGAACGGAAUUAAACAUACAGUAUUCCAAGUGGAGAAUUUAAAUUAUAAAUAAUUGGUGUAACAGUGAACGGGUUAAUUCAACGGAAAUGACAGGGGUCAGAAUUUUCCGGGAAGCAAUAUCAUUUGCUUUUACAUGAAUAAACAAAAGUUUGGCGCUUCAGUCAGCAGAAACGUUACAGCACAAAUUGCAUAACAGUUUCCAGCCGGGAAAUUCAAGGAAAGCGACGGAAUCAUACACGACGGGAAAUUGAAUUUAUUUAACCGGCGCGGCAACAUGCAGCUCAGAGGUCUCGCUAAUAGGCGGUCUAUUCCGAAAUGGGGUCACCGCCAUUAAAGUCGAACUUCAAGAAUUUUGCCCGCACGAAAGUCUCUCCACUCGACGAAGGCCGUUACUAUUUCAAAGUCGACGUUUAUACGACAGCUGUCGAAGACGGGACGCCCUUUUGUAUGGAACAGAGGAUGUUUCAGGUUGAUCCAGGCAGUUUCAAAGAAAAGUGGCUGAUCGAUGAAUUCGAGUCUACGGCUACGUCGUGCGGCGGACCUCGUCUUUUCCAGCUCUGGAGAAAACUUAAGGCAAGACGACAUCGGCCAAAAUUUACGACCCUGUGAAUCGCGCAACCGAGAAGACUUAUCCGCUCUCUAAUCCCCUCCAGCCCCUUCGAAUGGAUGGCUAAAGGGGUGAGCACAAGAUCCCAUUCGUUGGUGAAGAGGUUCGAUGGGAUGUACAUGGGGCCGUACUUCGAUUCAAACAUCCCCACGAAUAUCACGGCUCAGCUCGGAAGUCAUGCUUACUUGCCAUGCAAAGUGCGACAGCUUGGUAAUAAAUCGGUGUCGUGGGUCAGAAGAAGGGACUCGCAUAUCCUCUCGGUAGAUAGAAACAUGUUCAUCCCGGACGAAAGGUUCCAGGCGCUUUUCGUGGACGCGUCGGACACCUGGACCCUGCAGGUGAAGUACGUCCAGGCACGUGACGAAGGCGAGUACGAGUGCCAAAUCUCGACCGACCCAAAAAAGAGUCACAUCAUCAAGCUCAACGUCGUCGUGCCAAAGAUCGAGAUCAUAGGCGAUCGCGACAUGUACGUGAAGACCGGAAGCACAGUCGCCAUACGAUGCGUGAUCAAGCAGUCCCUCGAAGGGCCGUUCUACGUUUUUUGGUACCACGAGGGCGAUCGUGUUCUCGACUAUCAAUUGAACAAGAUCGAUAUCCAAACGGAGAAGAUCGAUCACGACACGGUCAGCAGUCUCGUGAUCCAUAAGGCGAAGCGAGAGGACUCGGGCAAUUACACCUGCAGCCCAAGCAGUUUGGACAGCGCGAGCGUGCAACUUCACGUGUUGAACGGCGAACAUCCAGCCGCGAUUCAAAGAGGGAUCAGCUCGGCACCGGGUGGCUGUCCGACGCUCUGGUGGUUGGCUGGCGUCGUCACGCUGUAUUCCAGUCACGGCAGCCGUCUGUUCGUCCUCGCUCUUCUGAUCCUCAUGGUACUCUAUUCGAAGAAUCCAUCUUACUUCGCGCCGGAACGAUAAUCAGAAAUCCACGAGGAAGACAACGUCGGAAGGCGAUCGAUUAUCUCCUGCUACGAGACCCGGAAAGCACCUCGAAGAACGAAGAAGGCUACAAGAAGAGGAAGAAGAAGCGAAAGGGAACGUCUUCGGGAAGAAUUCGUAGUUCGAUGAACGAAGAAGGGAUGAUCUUCUCGCAGAAACGCGAAAAUAAAACGCGGAUCUUUUUUCCUUUUUUUUUUAAUCAACUAUUAUCCAUUUACCUUUUCAGUUAGAUCGAGAACAAUGAAAUUCUCGAAUUUUAUUAGAGACGAUUUUCUAAUUCUCGAUCUCUUGUUUUAACGGAUUUGGAAGGGAAAGCUGGUGUGUUUCGAUAGAGGAAUCUUCACAACGAAUCUUGUAUCGACUCGUGAAUAUUUCGAUAUGAUCGAUAUUUAUUCGGGAAAGAACAGAGAAGAUUCGAAUGAAUGGAGAUAAAGAAACACGUGGAGACAGUGUGAUCCGGCCGUUAGUGAUUAGGGGUUAAUUAAUCGGAGGGUGUUAAAUAGGCGCGUGUUCUUCGAGCGAGUCGAUCACGAGGAUGAUACGGACAAGAAGCUUGCGAAUACUUUUCCUCUUCGUAAGAAGACGACACGACGACGAAUUUUUUAUAGCAGCUAUAAUACGAUCUUCCAAGAAACUCGUGCACAGCGUCUUUUAUAUCCUUGUCAUUCAGGUGAAUCGUUCCGAGCAAUCGUUAAAAACGUCGCUAAGACAGAAACAUCAUUGUACAUACACGUGUCUGAUGAUAGAAUCGGUAAAAUGAUCGUGUACGAGACACGGUGUCCCGUAUCAGGGAUACGAGUGAAUCGCAGGUUACCCUUUCUUAUUCACUUUUCAUCAUCGUCAAAGGUGUUUCGCGAUCUUCGUGUCUUUCUCGAGGGAAGCCAAACAGUAACGAAGUCUUCGUGAUCGAUCGCGUGAUUCCGUCGAGGACGUCGAAAGGGUUUCGUGCUUUCUUUUCCGUCGAGAUUAAUCCCUUGUCUUACAACCUGGAAUUACACACGUGGUGUAAAUUACGGUCUAAAUGGAAAGAAUUCGUGCUAAUUUUAUUUUAUAACAAGAGCAAGAAAAUCAUUUCUAAACUUAUAUUUUUUAUUUUAAUUGGUAAGGCAGAGGAUUAACUCGACGAUCCAGCGAUUUUAGAAGAAAAGAAAACUAGGGUGAGUCAGGGUAUGAUUUAAGGGUGGUUUUAAAGAAACGCGCGAGGCGAUCGCAAAAUGCCGACAGAAGUUCGUCCGCCCCGCUUGAUAGAAUUGAAACUUGUUCGAUGAGAAUCUUGGAAGCGAUGCGAUUAAUUAUAUUCGAAUAGGGAAACGAUUUAGCGAAACGUGUCUAUACUCGACCGUCUACCGUGUACACUCGGGAUCGUCCCGAGAAAGCGACGCAUCUCGACGAUCGUCUACGAGCGACGAUUUGUCGAAAUGGUCCUAAACCGCAUCAGGUACGAAACGAUCAUUUCCACAUAUUUUACCUUCCUUUUCUACGUGUUUUAUGAGAACUUUGUGUCACGAAUGUUGACGAUUGACGCGCUUUAUCUUGUAACGCUUGAAACGCGACUGAAAUGAAAGUGAUAUCGCACGGAGAGAAAAGAAAUUAGAGUUCGUUUGUUUGUUGAAAUGAUUUGAUGAUUUCUCAAAGUGCCAUUCAUAUCAACGAGAUUUAAUCUUCAUAUCAUAGUUUUUUACAGUUCCUGAAUAUUUCCGUAUCAAUAAAACCAGGAGUCUUGAUAAGAUAACUGAUAAUAUCGACACAAAUCAUUAAUUUUACAAAGAAAAAUGUCACUGCCUGUAUUACUCAAUGGUGUUCCACUGCUAUAUGAAAAUAACGUGAUUCUCUCUGCGAUUUAGUAUUACGAUCGUUUCUUAUUAUAUUCUAUUUACGAGAAGGAAUAUAGAGCCUAUACGAAACGUACCGAAUGCCUCGCGACGAUCCACGGUGACAAAUUUUGGUACUUGAAGCGCAUUGAGUAUAAACACAAGCCAAUAAACAAUGUUAUAUGUCCGUUCAUGCGUGGCAAGAUUUACAACGAGAUGGGUCGUACGAAAGAUCAGGGAUCAUUAACAAAUGAACGCUUCGUCGAUGCAGAAUUCAUUAACAUUGAUAAACACGUUCGCUACUAGAAUUCAUUUAAAAAUUGGCUGUGUUCCACUUUUAUAAAAUAUCAAAUAAAAUGAUAUUACUAUCUUUUCAUAUUAUGUUAGAGCUUGGAAACGAGCUUGGUAUACUUUGAAAGCGUAGAAGAUAAAUAUUCAUAAUCUUCGCAUACGUUUGUGACCAUGACCUUUCCUAAGGAAUAAAAAUGUUACAUAUACAGGAUGCUGGUAGCGAGGGUGUUAAAAAUACUCGCAAUGAAAUGUUUGAACGAUAGACCUAGUAUUUUUAACCCUUUAGAUACUGCGUGCCACUAUAGUGGUUUUUGUUUGAACAAUUUUUUAAAACGAAACGCCACUAUAGUAGCUUUUCUUUUUAUCUUGAAUUCACGAUAUACCGAAUAGCAAUUUCUGCUAUUUCUAUCAUUUAUCUGCAUUUCUUUCUACUGAAGUAGAUGCAGUGAAUUCUAGUAGUAGAAUCAAUACGUCCAACUAUGUCAUAACUAAAGGGUUAAUUUUGUCCUUUAAUUUCCGCCAAUUAAGCAUCGAUUCGAAACGAUUCUUGAAACUCGUACAGAUCGACCCAGCCCGUUUUCUCAUUCUGCAUGGUCGGCUGUAUAAGCAGGACAGCUUUUCCGGGUCGCCCUCGGGCGUCCCGUAAAAUUUGCUUUCUUCUCGCAACGCAUUAGGAGAUACUGUUUUUUAUAUUAUAUAAAAAUAUAUAUAAAUAUAUAUAUAUAGAAACGAACAGAUAAAAAAAAAAGUAUAUAUAUAUGUAUAUGUGUGUGUACGCGCGCGCGAAAUACGUUGCACAACGGUGUUAAAAAGUAUUGAACAAGUUUCAGCUCGACUCGAAACAGCGGCGUAAGAAAUUAUUACGGCAAAUGCUACAACGUGGGUCAACGUCGAAGAACGAACUUUCACGGGUGCAUACGGCAGGAUAUAAUCGCGACAGAGAACUCUGUGAGUAAUCGUGAAAAAGAAAAUGAUAAAGAGGAAGUGGCGGAGGAAGGAGACUGAGACAGAAUAAGGGUAAAAGAGGAGGAAGGUCGAUAUAGGAGAUCGAAAGACGAACGAUAACGUUAGAAUAUCUACGAUUCAUGUGAUUGUAAAUAUAUAGUAUAUAAAUGACGUAACGUUAAUUAACGAUAUGCCGUACGUGUUACAACUAAAGAAAACAAACCCAAGAAAUUAAACAGAUAAAUAAAUAAAAUGAAUAACGUUACUGUGUAAUUUUACGGAUCGUAAACGCAUUUGAAUGGGUCUGGCCGCCCGUGCUAACCGGCUCGAGGUCGUGUUUCGUAAAUCGUGAAUCUUUGAAUCCAGCAACGAUUCAAGAUUUCCUGGGAAAAGAGAAAUGAAUGCGUGCUUUAAAACGGGUUCGUUGCGAAAACCUUCCAGAUGAAGUUCCACGACGCGUGACGAUUUCUAUAAACGAACCGCAGCGGGGGGAACGAAAGACCUCGGUGAGAAAGAUAAAGAAGCAAAAGAAAGCCGAUAGAAAUAGAAGGUAAGGGGGUGUGAAGAGAGGAACAGAGGGUAGCACUGAUGCGAAUGCUUUUUCCGGCACGCCAGUGCGUCGAGACAACAAAAAGGGGCGCAGCUGGGGGUGCAGCGCGUUCCUGGAUAGCACGGGCCGGCCAUACGCGACUAGAUGUAACACUAAUUAACGCCUAGUGUAAGAACUAACGGAUAUAAAUGAAGGAUACUAUUGUAUGACAUAAUAACCAGGUGUGAACGUAACCACGCGUAUACGUGUGCGAUGCUUGAGAAAAACGAAUGAAAGUGAGAGCGAGUGAAUGUGUAUAUUAUUAAUAUACGCGAGCCAAGGAAGUGCGAGAGUGAAAGAGAACGGGUAUGAAAGAAGAGUAAACGAGAGGAAAAGUACACGUACAUUGCAUACACACGCGAGGAAGAGAAGAAAAUAAGAAGAAAAAAAAAGAAAAAAAAGAAAAGAGUUGUUCGUUGGACUGACGCGUUAAGGCGUUGGUCGAAUGACGCACUUUAAGAUAAAAAGGGGCGACCGGGGACAAUUCUUCUUGUACCGUUUCUUCAUCCCCUUUCUUCUUCCCGCGCCUCGCGAGGCCACUCGUGACGAAAGAUAAAGAGAAAGGGCUAAAGAUAGGGCUCACCUCGAGGCCACAAUUAAAGCUCUCACCCCCUGUCUCCCUCCCGCACCCUUUUCUUCUCGCGACAACCGGGGCCUCCCCUUGCGAGCUGGAAGAAGGAAGUUGUAAUUUCCACGCUCGUCCUCGUCCGCCCCUUUAUUAUAACAGAGAUAACAAAGAGAAGAGGAAAGACGAAGAUGAUGAUGAUGAUGAUGAUGUUGAUGAUGAGGGGUGAUGAUGAUUAUAACGAUGGCGAUGAUGAUGACGGUGAAUUAAAUAAAAAGAAAAAUGAAAUAAAAAAACGUCGUCUAAGGUAUACUAACGUCGUAGACAGCAUUGAAUUUUUGUACCAUUGUCUAUAGUAGCUCUUAAGUGUCGCGAAGUUUUCUGUUCUUAAGACGGCCACCUGUGCAGGCUUGAGUACGUACUUAUGUAUUCUCGGUUUUGUCGAUGGCUCGCGGGGCGGAUCUUGAACUUUAUUAACAGUGAAUGAGAUUUUAAUUGGACCAUGGAUGAUUACUUGAAACGUAGAAAUAAUUAUAUUCAAUCGUUUUGCAUUUGUCUAUGUACAGAGUGUUAAAGGAUAAUGAUACAGAACCCUAACAGGGUAGUAAUUAACUGGAGGAAAAACAGACCUAUAUAAUUAGAGGUAUUUAAGUAAAAUUUUCUUUCUAAUGAUUUUAUCAAGCAAUUUUCAUUUAAUUGAGCGAAUCUACUUUGUGGGGGUCUUGUACCUUUUUUUUACCACUCUGUAUAAAUCUCUCAUUACGUAGAAUGAUUUAAUUAGGUUAAUUUGGAAUUUUCCAGGGUAGUAAUUAGAGAAUACACGUCAAAUCCGCCCCAGCGACGAGCACGUGCCCGUUCCCGAGAGUCGCGGUACGCGAAUAUCGAAAGAUCCUUUUUCGUGUGAUGAUUGACCGUCCUGACAGUUCGUCGAUGUGCUCUUACGCGUAGAUAUUCGAGCUAGUUUAUUCGAUAGUAGGUAAUACGAGUGACAAUGGACGUGAUUACGAUUCCGUCGAAAUCAACGAAGCGGGAAUCAGUUUUGCUGCGAACCUAUCGAUCUAAUUAUUCAUAGAGAACGUUUAGUGUUCUUCUUGAAUAAUACUCUUGCAAUCGAUGGGGGAAACUGGAUCGCUGUACAGACGAUUUCGUCGAUGAAGUUCUUAUACUACAGCGGCGUGAACUUAUUCCCCGUGAAAUAAUGGAUGGAUAUUAUUAACUCUAUGGGAAACGUGUACGAAUGAUUAUUGUGAUUUUAACCCUCUACCGCUUUGUCACUAAUACAGCUAAUCGUGACAAAUUUUGCAUUUCUUUAUGAAAUCCUUUUUGAGAAAAAACAAACUGUGUGCUUUGAAAAAGUUUUACUUUUUAUUUUAAAAAUCAGCUCUUUCCAUAAGUAAUAUCGUUUUAUCUUUAACUAAUACGUGUCCUAUACAGCCUAGGUUACAAUUACUUGAAUUUAUUAUGACACUUUAAGAUAUUACAUUUACGUGUGAAAACGACGUAACUUAUGAAACGACCUGAACAAGUUUCCAUUCUUUAUGGGAAACUUUGCGUUAUAGAAUGGCUUAUAAAGCGAGUAGAAUAUUGGCUGUGGAGGGUUAGAAAUAAAGGGUAUACAGUCGUCGAUCGAAACCCUCGGGACGGAGAUUUCACCAAUCCCUCGUUAUCGGCGAUAUAUUAAUAAACGAUUCGUCGUUCUUUCCUUAAUUACCUAUGUACCACGAACAAAUAGAAAAAUCCUUCGAGACGUCUGAUAAUGAGAUUUAAACAAGGUCAACACUAUUCUUCGAUCCUUGGAGAAUAUAGAAUGAUGACAGUUAAAAUCAAUUCAAAAUCAAGUGUCUCGAUACGAAGAAGAAUCGUUGUAUAACGAACGCGUUCAGUUUUCCAGUAACCUCCUCAAACAAUUACGUUUUCCAACGUGCGACCGAUCACACGUAGCAAAAUGGGUCUAAUUAAAUCGUUAAACGCGUGCCGUUUGCCAGUUCGAACGUUCGACGAAGCUGAUGUCUAAUUAAUCACACGCAACGUACAAUCGACGCAGAAAAUAAUAACAUGGACGAUUAAGAGGGAAUUGGAAGACGAAUCGGUAAGAAAGACGAUGGCAGGUGAAAGCGUUUGUCGAGCGCCCGAAUGAGCGAACAUCGAUGAAAAUUAAAUGGAAAUAAAAGUUAAGAGGUAAAUAUGCAAAGAUGAAGAUGAAGAAAAUGAAGUCCCUCGAAGCAAGCCUCGUCUCUCAGAUUCCCAGCUGUACACCUUGAAACACUUUAGGGUAAAUCGGAAUAGACUUUAAAACGAAUCUGCGAGAUGAUGCCGAGGAUAAAAAAACGAAAAAUACGAUUGCGCGAAUGAAACGCAGGAUGAGAAACGAGCGGAAGUGAACGAGCGCAAGUGAACGAGCGCGUGGGUGUACGAAAAAAA